AUGAGAACACUUAAUAGCACCCCCGAUCACCUAAAUGGCUUUGUUCUGGUAGGCUUUUCUGAAUGGCCCCGACUCGAAAUGGCUCUUCUUGUGGUUGUCUCCAUCUUCUAUAUACUGACCCUCUUUGGGAAUUCAGCUAUUAUCAUUUUGUCCCGCCUGGAUCCUAAACUUUACACCCCCAUGUAUUUUUUCUUGGCAAAUCUUUCCUUUUUAGAUCUCUGCUAUACUACUUCUACUGUCCCCCAGAUGCUGAUAAAUAUACAGAGCCAUAAGAGAAGCAUCAGCUAUGUUGGCUGCAUAGCACAACUGUUCAUCUUCCUUAGCCUGGGAUCUACAGAAUGUGUGCUUCUCUCCAUCAUGGCCUUUGAUCGCUAUGUGGCUAUCUGCCAGCCUCUACGUUACACAGUUAUCAUGCAUUCUCAGCUAUGUCAACAGCUGGCAGCAGUAGCCUGGAUAACUGGUUUCAGCAACUCCUUGGUGCAGACAGUGUUGACUUCUUUGUUGCCUCGUUGUGGCCAAUACCAGAUAGAGAAUUUCUUCUGUGAGGUACCUGCCAUGCUUCAGUUAUCAUGCGUUGACACCUGGGUCAAUGAGGUAGAGAUGUAUGCUGCUGUGGUUGUCAUAAAAGUUAUCCCCCUUGGGUUAAUU